UUUCGAUCAAAUUAAAUAAAAAAUUGCUCGCUUGCCGGAGUCGCUCUUCACCGCCCAAGUACCCCUUUUCUCCAUUUCUCCACUCUAGAUAUGGAGAUGAGCUUUUCUAACUUCAUUGAUUUGUCCAACGAUGAUGAAAUGGAACUAAGAGAAGUAGUUAGGCCUGAUUUCACCCCAAAUCUAAUUCAGAUGAGCCCAAGUUUUAUUACUUUACACGUUCAGCCAGAAUUUGAAGGCCAUGCCAUUACACAAGGUUCUAAGGAACAUGAAAAUCCAUAUGGAUAUCCUAUUAGUUCGUGUGUAACUGACAUAAGGGGUUUAUUUGAUAAUGGGUUGCCCAAUCUAGCUUCGUUGCCUUGUUCUUCGCCAAUGUGCAGGCAAUUCUGGAAAGCUGGAGAUUAUGAAGCUGGACUACCUCAUGGACCCAUCUCCCAGAAUGGCCUGAAUCGUUUACGUGUUCAUCCCAAAUUUCUCCACUCAAAUGCUACCUCACACAAGUGGGCAUUUGGCGCCGUGGCAGAACUACUAGAUAAUGCAAUUGACGAGGUAGGAAACGGGGCCUCUUUUGUUGCUAUAGAUAAGAUCACAAACCUGAGAGAUGGAAAUCCUGCAUUGCUGAUUCAAGACGAUGGAGGUGGAAUGGAUCCAGAACGUUUACGACAUUGCAUGAGCUUUGGAUUUUCUGACAAACUAUCAGAUUCCUCCAUUGGACAGUAUGGAAAUGGGUUCAAGACCAGCACAAUGCGACUUGGGGCAGAUGCAAUUGUCUUUAGCCGUUGCAUGGAUAACAGGAAUAUAACUCAAAGUAUUGGGCUACUUUCCUAUACCUUUCUGAGGCAAACUGGCUCCCACGAUAUUGUGGUACCCAUGGUGGACUAUGAAAUUGACCCAUUAACGGGUUCAUUGAAGCGAUUACUACGAUAUGAUGAAAAGCACUUCUGCUCUAAUUUGUUGACUCUUUUAAAAUGGUCGCCUUAUGCUACAGAAGCUGAGUUGCUAAAGCAAUUCGAUGACAUGGGCCAUCAUGGUACAAAAGUUAUUGUGUUCAAUCUGUGGUUCAAUGAUGGUGGGGAUAUGGAACUCGACUUUGACACUGAUGCUGAGGAUAUCAUGAUCAGUGGAGCACCCAAAGUAAUGGAGUCAAAAAAUACUAUGAAGAUGCUGAGACAAACUCAUUCUGCAACUAGAUUUCGUUAUUCUCUUCGUGUCUAUUCGUCCUUCCUAUAUCUGCAUCUGCCGACAAAUUUUAGAAUAAUUUUGCGUGGCCAAGUGGUUCAACCCCACCACAUAAUCAAUGAUCUCAAUUUUAUUGAAUGUAUCAAAUAUAAACCACAAGUUUAUGGAAUCGAAGAGCCUAGCAUCAUCACGACCAUUGGAUUUUUGGAGGGUGCUCCAUCUAUUGGUAUUCAUGGAUUCAAUGUCUAUCACAAAAAUCGUCUUAUACUGCCCUUUUGGCCUGUAAUCAGCACGACAAAUGGUAAAUGCAGAGGUGUUGCUGGAGUGCUUGAGGUGAACUUUAUGAAGCCUACACACAACAAACAAGAUUUUGAGAGGUCAAAUCUUUAUGACAGGCUUGAAACCCGCUUGAAAGAUAUGGCAGUAGAAUACUGGAACUACCACUGUCAUUUGAUCGGAUUGAACCCACUUAAAAAACCUGGGCUUUCACCAGUUCAACCUUUUGCCCCUCAGAUGCUUCAGCCAGGAAGACAUAAUGGGUUCAAGAGUGUCGUGUUUCCUUUCCAGCAGCUUUGUCACCCAGGAAUUGAUUGUCAUACAAGAAUGGAGGAGAGCUCUAAUGUUUCAGGUGCUGAAUUUCCCGCUAGAUGUUCACAGGUCCCAGCAAUUAAAGCUCAUCUUUCAGCAGACGGACAGGUUGUUACUUCAUCAACAGGACAGUUUACUGACCCCUGUGACGAUCUGCAAACAGAACCACCUAGGAAAAGGAGACACGAGAACCAUACUGAUACCGUGGAAAGGUCAAAGAAGCAGGUGACACCUGGUGAAAUUGCAGGCGGACUUGGAAGCAAUCAAAAGAGUCAGGUGCCUCGAAUUGGAAAAGAUAGAGAAGAAUCUUUUGAUUAAGGUUCAAAAGCUUAGGGACGAGCUGCCAAGAGGUUCAGCAGUACGCAUGAUGGCCUGCUGCCGAGCUCAAAUUCAACGGACAAG